CUACAAUGUACAAUCUUGUACUAUGGCAGACUCGGACUGGGACAUGUUGCCCACGGCCCUGCGUGAUGACGCAUGACUGCCUUAGAACCCAUGGCGUCAGAUCUUGCCAUGCUCUCGACGAUCUUCCUGAACCCAAUCCUGUUCGCGGUCUUUAUAUUUCCCUGCCUCUUCCCUCUUCGCCUAACAUGAUCCUGGUACCAUCGUGACCACUACAGCUUGUUAUACCUAUACGCAUACCCGUUUUCAUUAUUACAGAACCACUACAGACUGAUUAAACCUACACCAUGGAAUCUGCAAAGAAGGUCAUCAGCAACAUUGUCGGCUCCGGCAACGACAACGACCCGGCAACAGGCACAACAACUCGUACGACCGGCACCGGUGCUACUGACACCGUUGGAACAUCCCACAACACUGGUAUCACCGGCACCCACCCUACUGACACUCGAACUCACGACACCAACACCUCAUCUCGCGGAACCGGAGCAGGUGCCUAUGAUGCUUCAUCCUCGACCGCGGCCACUCACCACACCACCCCAAGCUCACUCACCGGCACCCAUGGCGCGCCCACCGUCCACGACAUAAUCACCGAGAAGGGAGUUGAAAGCGGUCACUCCCACGAAGGAGGACUUCAUCACGGCCACCAAGGCACUCAAGAGUUCGGAACUGGUCAAUACCAGGGAGGCUCUCACCAAACUGUUGGAGGUGCCCAGACCUUCGUAGGCUCUCAAACAGUAGGAGGUACUCAGACCGUCGGAGGCACCACCCACCAACACCACCAGGGUCAGCACCACCAUGAGGGAACUGGCAACCAGCAGUUUGGCACCACCACUGGUACCACUGGCACCACCCAUCAGCACCAUGAGGGUGCCCACCAUCACGAAGGCACUCAACAGUUUGGAACUACUACUACCCAGCAACACCACGAGGGUGGCCAUCACCGUGAAGGUGAGAGCACUUCGCAUCAUGAAGGCGGCAAGAAGCACCAUGUUCCUAUCCCCGGUCUUCACAAGGACCAUUCCAAAGACAGAGAGUCCGGCGCAUCGUCUGAGUCGGACCGCAACGUGCAGACUCCAGAUCAAGGUCCGGAUCCGGCUCUGGUCGGAGACCGAUCCGGUGGUGUCAAACUGACCGGCACGGCCGAGCCAGGCUCACACAGCGCUGUUUUCGGCUUGACUCCCGACGGUCACAAGGAGACCAAGACAUCUCACAAGUCGACUCCCCCAGUGCCCGCGGACCAGCUGGGCAAGCACGGCCACCACAAAGCGGAAAGGAACGAUGACUCGUCCCGCGCCCCUACUGGACAGGGCGUCAGUGAGCAGUUGCACAGACCCGAGACGGGCGCGAAGGGCCUGGAGAGAACUGACCCGGCUCCUGCCGCUCCUGGCUCCGACCCCAAGCCCGGUGCUGGCACGGCUUCUUUUGCGUAAGAGCUGAGUUGAUUUUAUAAGAAUGAUCUUUGAGAUACCUUGAUAGGGAUGAUGAUAUGAGAUAGUGUUCCAGAGACCAAUUGGAAGUGCUCGAGCCUUGGAUUGCUGAGUUCAAGUUGCGGUGCCAGUGACUGGCAGCCGCUGAGCUGUGGUCUUAUUGCACUGCAAACUACAAAUGUACAUUACCUAUACUGUUUCCAUAUUAAAUGCAAUCAAAUGCUCUGGACCAA